UUGGCUGUGUACUUGCUGGGUCAGGAAGUCUUGAUUCUUGCGGUUUCUUGACCGCUGUAAACCUCCCUGCCUCUCUCUCUCGCAGUUCACGAUCUCUGACCACACACAACAGUCACAGUUAGCUACCCGCUCUCCUGGGGGCUCACACAGCCAAGAAGCGAUGGGUCCAGUGGUGAAGAAUGCCCUGGGAGUCGUCAUCUUACUCUCCGUGUGGACUGGUACUGCUGGAAAGGUCAUCCUCACAGUUGAGAGAGUCAGCCCCCAGAACAGCCCCUGCAGCCUGGAGAUACGCUGCGAAAAGAAAAGGAGCUUCGAAAAGUUUGAGUGGUACCAAGGUGAAACGCUGCUGUCCAACAACAAAAGGCACAAUGUGACCUUCGGUGGCAUGUUGCUGACUGUGUCUCCGGACCCCAGCAACACCCUGUACAGGUGUUCCACCAAGACGACACCCAAAGAGCAGAUGUCCAUCGAUGUGGCCCCGACCUGUGGCUUUGUGGACACUAUCGUGACGAAAGCAGGCUCCUUGGGUGCAUGUUCCGGGGGACUGCUGGCCGUGAAGAUCACCUUACUAACCCUGUGGCUCGGAGCCUUGGGGUGUACAUUCUUCUGCUGCAACAAAAAGACCAGUCAGAAGGCUACAGUAAAGCAUACCAAAGAGGAAGGAAUCUACUCGCAUGUGGGAAUGUCUGACCUUGGUGCUGAAGACAGCCCACAGCAAGAGGGAGAGAAGCCUGGGCCGAGCCAAGCUAAGCAGACUCCCAAUCCCACCUACCAGACCCUGCAGGAAGCAGAGAAGAACGAGGACUACAGUAGGCUCACGCCAGCAGCAGCCACAGCACUGGCCCAAGAUCUGACGUAUCAGCCCCUGGUGAAGGACAAGGACGACACCUAUAACACCCUCCAGAAGCCAACGGCUGGCAGUGAGCCUACGGUGACCUUCUCAGCUCCGAUGGAAGAGGUCUCCCUGCAAGGAGAAGCCAAGACCUAAGCAGGAGGCAAUCACCUGCUCACGCCCAGGCUUCUGAUGUUCUCUGUUAAAAACCAAAUCCCCAAGGCUCCGGAUUUAAUUCCAGCUUCCUGCUCACUCCCGGACUGCUGUCACCCUGUACAUAUAAAUUUCCUGACCCUAUGACUAGAUUCCAGACUAGAUUGGUCGUUCUUUACAUAAGACCCCUCCCAAACCCCUCAAUUGAAUCCCAGCCUGUAAUGCACUUCUGAGUAGGUAUGCACCUGCUGAACACCUGGAUUGACUUCCCUCGUGUAACAAACUCCCAGAAUAUAUUGGAAAAUAUUGAGUGUAUAUAACUCCUGAACUAGGUGCCAGUCUGUACCAGGCUCCGGGGCAGUUUGAUUCUGUGUGUCUGCUGGGCCCUUCCAGCACAAUGUGCCAUACUGCCCAGCAACCCUACUGAUUGAUCUGUUGUGGACUGUGGGAGGAAGCCGGAGCAGCUCCAUUGGGAGGUUGUACAGCUGACGAUGGAAUUGAACUGUGAGCUGUGAUAGCAUCACCCUAAUCCGAGCCGGGAACACACAGGAGACUCUGCGAUAACUGCCUGCCAUGGUGACAGACCCAAACAGCCGAAGGCCAUUCGGCCUAUUGACUGGACGAGUUGCCAGUAGAUCUCACCCAACCUGCACCUUCUCAUCGGCUGGACAACAUCCCGCCCGGGGUCGCUGCUGUAGCCGACAACCUUUUCUGGUGCCUAGGGCAAAGGCUAUGCUCGAUGCACACACCCUCUGCGUGUAACGAACUACUUCACAUCUCCCAUUGAUGCCCAUCAGUAACACCCUCCCGCUCCGCCUCUCACCACUGGAGACCGGCAGGUACAACACAAUCUCCACUACAGUCUUCAGUGGUUGAGUCUGGGUCGGUACCACCCAACCCUGGCUCUGUCCGUGACACAGAGAACCUGUCCAGACCACCCCCCCCACUCCCCACCGACAGGCUGGACAUCCCCAUAGAUUAUAGGUCAGACCUCAGCAUUAGCCACACCCUCUGCACGUUCCAACUUCAACCGAGACCUCCACCAUCUCAGAUGUCUGAAAACAGGCUUCAUUAUCUCAGGAUGUCUCAGUAACAUAGAUGCUCCUUCACCCCAGUCAGCUAUAGUCAGGGAUCGUAAUGCUCUGCCUCACAUCUGCCAGGUCCUCUCACCUCCCUGUAAACCCUUCCAGUCUCUGUAAUUCCCUCUGGCCCCUACACCUCUCCCUGUCUCUGUAAUCCCCUCUGGCCCCUACACCCCUCCCAUCUCUGUAACUCCCUCUGGCCCCUACAUCCCUCCCUAUCUCUGUAAUUCCCUCUGGCCCCUACACCCCUCCCAUCUCUGUAAUUCCCUCUGGCCCCUACACCUCUCCCUGUCUCUGUAAUUCCCUCCGGCCCCUACACCUCUCCCAGUCUCUGUAACUCCCUCUGGUCCCUACACCCCUCCCAGUCUCUGUAAUUCCCUCUGGCCCCUACACCCCUCCCAUCUCUGUAAUUCCCUCUGGCCCCUACACCCCUCCCAUCUCUGUAAUUCCCUCUGGCCCCUACACCCCUCCCGUCUCUGUAAUUCCCUCUGGCCCCUACACCUCUCCCUGUCUCUGUAAUUCCCUCCGGCCCCUACACCUCUCCCAGUCUCUGUAACUCCCUCUGGCCCCUACACCCCUCCCAGUCUCUGUAACUCCCUCUGGCCCCUACACCCCUCCCGACUCUGUAAUUCCCUCUGGCCCCUACACCCCUCCCAUCUCUGUAACCCCCUGUAUCCCCUAAGCCCCUCCUGUCUCUGUAACUCCUCUCUGGCCCCUACACCCCUCCCAUCUCUGUAACUCCCUCUGGCCCCUACACUCCUCCCGUCUCUGUAAUUCCUCUCCGGCCCCUACACCCCUCCCGUCUCUGUAACUCCCUUUGGCCCCUACACCCCUCCCGUCUCUGUAAUUCCUCUCCGGCCCCUACACCCCUCCCAUCUCUGUAACUCCUCUCUGGCACCCUUGCUCCAAACUGACAUUUCUGCUCUCUGGCAAUGCUGGCCUUAUUCAUAUAAAAACAAUAGCUGUGAACUCUGGAAUUAAUACCUCUCCCACCCACAUUAUUUCUCUUUUUUUCUCUUUCUCUCUCUCUCUCUCUCUCUGUCCUAUCCUUCGUUCUCAGUGACCAGUGACCAGUCCGUCCCCUCUCAGUGACCACUGUCCAGUCCAUCCCUCCCAGUGACCACUGACCAGUCCCUCACUCUCAGUGACCACUGACCAGUCCGUCCAUCUGCACAAACCCCAGAGUUGAAGCUCACACUCCUGCACACUUUAGACAAGUCUCCCCUGCCGCCGGGCUGCAAGAACGCAUACUGAGUUCUCUGUCUGAUGAUGCUGUGUAUGCCUGUUAACACAAUAAAGUCAAGGACGCUU